UCAGACAUCAGCUGAUAGGCAAAGAGCUCAAAGCUGUCCCUCGAGUUUCAGAUAAUGGCAAUCAGUGUGAACAGAGGCGCGUUCCCUGAAAGAGUCCCGGUAGCCUCGUGGAAGCCUUCUGACAUGACCAGCAGACAGCAUCACUACCAAGGCUGCUUGGGGGUUUAAGCCCUGCUUCUAAAGUGCCAUGUCCUGCAAAGAAAGUCCCCAUGUGGGUGCUUCCACCACCACUGUCAGCUCUGUAGCAGUGCACGCUGGGGACUCCAAGAUCGUGAUAGCCGUUGUCAAGUGUGGCAAAUGGGUACGACUCCAACUGGCUGAAUCGCAGCCCAAUCUCCUUGAAAUUGGGAGCAGUCAAGAUGAAACCAAAAAACUGCUUCACGAUCAUGAGCUGCUCCUGGCCAAGCUUAAGGCCUUGGAAGAUCGUGUGUGGGAACUCUUACGGGAAGCAGACCGGACAGCUGAAGCAAACAAGGCUCAAAGUCAGGUGUAUGACGCCAUGGCCCAGACGCUGGGUGAGGCAUGGGCAACCCUGGUCUCCAUGCUUGAAAGAAGAAGGGAGCUCCUUGGGCUGACGUCCGAGUUCUUUCAAAGUGCUUUGGAGUUCGCUAUAAAAAUAGACCAAGCUGAAGCUUUUCUGCAGAAUCCUCAUGAGUUUGAGAGCGCCGAAGCCUUACAGUCACUUCUUCUGCUUCAUGACCGACAUGCCAAAGAACUCUUAGAAAGAUCGCUAGUCCUUUUAAACAAAAGUCAACAACUGACUGACUUCAUAGAAAAAUUCAAGUGUGAAGGAUCUACUAUGAAUUCUGAGCUGAUCCAGGGAGCUCAGAGCAGCUGUCUGAAGAUUGACAGCCUCCUUGAACUUCUGCAAGACAGGAGAAGGCAGCUCGACAAGUACUUGCAGCAGCAGCGGCAGGAAUUGUCUCAGGUUCUGCAACUGUGUCUGUGGGACCAACAAGAAAACCAGGUUUCUUCUUGGUUUCAGAAAGCAAUCAGAGAUCUUCAGGAACAGAGUCUGGGCGCAUCACUUUCAGACAACAGAGAGCUAAUCUGCAAGCAUGAGGACCUGAUAGUCAAAGCAAAGGAAUGGGAUUCGGCCGUAGAGAAGCUGAAAAGCCAGGCUUUGGGGAUUCUACUGUCAAAGGACUUGGCAGAAAAGGAACAUCUACAGCUCUCUAACCAGAAACUGAAUCGGCUUCAAGAAGAAUUUGGAAGACUCAUGGUGGAAAGGAAAGCCUGGUUAUCGAUGGCAAAUGACUUUUUUACCAGUGCGAACAAGGCAUUUGAUGUACUUGGAAAAGUUGAAGCUUACCUUAAGCUCCUUAAAUCAGAGGGUUUAAGCCUGCCUGUCUUGGCAGCGAAGCAUGAGGAAUUACACAGAGAAAUUAAAGACUCUACAGCCACUGCUCUGCAAAAGGGACGAACCUUAAUCAGCCAAGUAGACUCCUGCCGCUCUUGGGUGACAGGAAUCCACGAGAUGAUGGGAUACAUUCAGAACCGAGUGGAUUGUCUCACUGAACAGUGUACAGCGCAUGAGGAAUUUGCCCGCAAGAAACAGCAAUUAGCAACAUCAGUAGAAGACUACCUAAGGAAGGUGGAAAUGUCAAUUCAGGAAAUCAGGCCCAUUCUUGCUACCACAUUGGAUGUUGCUUCCAGCCCUUCUGAAUCAGAGAAGAUUUUAAAUAAAUAUCUGGAAUUGGAUAUCCGAGUCAAGGAGACAGCACAUGCAUUAGAAGCAGCUGCAAAAAUCAUGACAGAGAAAAAUGAACUUGAACUCAAUGAAGUGGCAUUGCUUCCUCUUAAAGUGAAAUGGCUAGAGGAAGAAUUAAGCACGCUUGGUCGAAGCAUCAGCUGCAGGUCACGGGUCCUACAGACGUACGUGGCAUUUCGAAAGUCAUCCGAGGAGGCAGAGGAGCAGCUUCAGAGCCUAAAGGAAUUUUAUCUGACUGAAAUUCCUUGGAAAGAUGAAGAUGAUGCUGUGGUCAAGUGCCGGUCUAACUCCGCUGAGAAGAAAUGGCAGCUGUUUUUAAAGAAGAGUUUUUUGACCCAGGACUUAAGCCUCGAGUUUCUGAACUUAAUAAACCUGGCAAAAGAGAAUGAGAUAUUAAAUGUUAAAAAUGAAAUGCACAUUAUGGAGAACAUUGUGGAAAAGCAAACAAAUGGGAGGGAAGAGCUCAGCCAUCUGCGAGUGGCCUGGUCCCUCAAAGCCAUCGAAACCAAGCCUGCGAGAGAGCAGUGGGAAAUGUUCAAAGAGAAACUUACAAAGACUACUCACAGUGUCAAACUUCUCCACGAAGUUCUCAUGCCCGUCUCUGCGCUUGACCUUGCGGGGAGCCUCCAGAGCACCUCAGAUCUGCGGAGGAGGUGGAUCGCAAUGAAGCCUCAGCUCCAGCAACUGCAUGAGGAUGUUCAGCAAAUCACGAAAGAGUGGGAAGUGUUACACAGUCAGGGAGCUCCUCUGAAGGAGAAGGCUGAACAGCUGAAGGACCUUGUCCAUCUCCACCAGAGGCAGCAAGAGCGAAUCCAGGAAUAUGAGGAAAUCCUGUACAAGACAGUCCGGUUCCACCAAGCCAAGGAAGAGCUGGCUCAUCUCAUCAAACCAAGAGAACUGGAACUUCUAGCACAGCCCAUGGAACUGGCAAGUUCUGAGGAGGUCCAGAUGCAACUGGGCCUUUCGCAAGAAAGGCGGGCACAUGUAGACCAUCUCCAUCAGCUGGCCCUGUCCUUAGGAGUGGACAUCAUUUCGUCCAUGCAACAACCUAAUUGCUCUAAUAUUUCUGCAAAGAACCUGCAGCAGCAGCUGGAGGCCCUUGAACUGGAUAGCAGGAAUUGGAGUGCCCAAGCCAAAGAACAUGAGCGUGUCCUGUCCUGCAGCUUGGAGUACUGCACUGCACGUGAGGAGAUCAAUGAGCUCAAAGAGUCAUUCAAAGACAUAAAAAAGAAAUUCAACAAUCUGAAGUUUAAUUACUCCAAGAAAAAUGAGAAAUCUCGAAACUUAAAGACUCUUCAGUAUCAAAUCCAACAAGUGGAUACAUAUGCUGAAAAAAUUCGGGCUCUAAGGAAGAAAAUGGAAAAAGUUAAUAAUAAGACAUCUGAUUCAUUCUUAAGUUAUCCAAGUAAUAAAGCUAACAUGCUUUCGGAAGCCAUGGAGGAUUUGAAAAAGAACGUGGAUGACUUUGACAAAGUUGUGACAGAUUACAAAAUGAAUUUGGACCUGACUGAGCAUCUUCAGGAAGUAAUAGAGGAGUGUAACUUUUGGUAUGAAGAUGCAAGUGCCACUGUUGUGAGAGUUGGGAAGUAUUCCAUGGAGUGCCAAACAAGGGAAGCUGUGGACAUCCUCCACAGGCAGUUCAAUAAGUUUAUUACUCCCUCGGUGCCCCAGCAAGAAGAAAGGAUUCAGGAGGUCAUUGACCUUGCUCAACGCUUAUAUGGUUUGGAAGAGGGGCAGAAAUAUGCGGAGAAGAUUGUCACAAGACACAAGGAGAUUCUUGAAUCUAUUACUGAGUUAUGUGGGUCUCUCGUGGAACUUAAAGAAAAACUGAUGCAGGGAGAGGUUCCAAAGAUGAAUUCAAAUUUGGAAGAUUUCCAUGACCUUUGCAUUGAUCUGCUAAAGGAGCCAGGGAAGGAUGAGCAGAAAACAUUCAAUGAAGAAAGGAAUGAGGGGCAGGUGCAGGGAGCAGAUGUGUUGGCCAUCAAUGGAACAAGAGAAGAUAGGCUUCCCAUGGACUUGAGGCAGACCUCCUCUGACAAAGAGGUCAGCGCCCAGGGUCUGAUCCUUCCAGAAGACACGCUAUCUGGAGAAGAAUCUGAGUGUAUCUCAUCUGAUGACAUCUCUUUGCCUCCACUGCCAGUGAGCCCUGAGUCCCCUCUGGCACCAUCAGACAUGGAGGUAGAAGAACUUACCAGCUCCUCUGCCCUCGCCCUGCACAUCAGUGGCUACAGGAUGCAUCCAGGGACAGGUGGUCUAGGAAAGGCCCAGGAUUCUGUUCUUCCCUCACCCAUUGCUUUUGCGGAUGGGGGCCAUAGUAAGAAAGACACAUUUACAAGUCAUUUUGAGAGGCCCUAUCCACAGUUGAAAGCUGAAUCCUCAUUAGCCUCCAGAGGAUCAGCAGAGAUGAGUACCAAGUUGCAUAUCAAUGUGAAAUGUCCAGCGAGCAUGCCCCAUGAAGUGCACGACAAAGCUUUACAGCAAUGCUCCCAGGCUCGGGAGAGCUCACUAGAAAUGCAGGAGAAAGUGCAUGCUGAUUCUAACGUCACUAAAAUCCAAGACAGGCUGCAUGCUGCCCUUGAUGUGUCCCCUGGCCUCGGCUCUCAACCAGACACCAGCGGGAACUAUCAGAGGCGAGUAGGUCCCCAAGGAGACAAGAAAAACUCAUCCGCAGAAAACAGCGUGGUCAGCCUAGCUGGCCAGGCGCCUCAUUUCUCCAGGCUGCUGUCCAAUGUAACUGUCACGGAAGGUUCCCCGGUGACUUUGGAAGUCGAAGUAACAGGAUUCCCAGAGCCUACACUGACAUGGUUCAAGAAGGGCCAGAAACUGUGUGCAGAUGGACACUUACAGGUCUUGCACAAGGACACAAAGCAUUCGGUGUUCAUUCCGAAGGUAUGUGAGGCAGAUGCUGGCCUCUAUGUGGCUCAAGCCCAAAACUCUAGUGGCACCCUGUCUUCCAAAGCCAUCCUCCAUGUGACAGAGGAUGUCACUAUCAAUAACCAUUCCUCACGAUGGCCUCUUGGGCUUGAUGUUGGAGAACAGAUGUGCCAUCAGCUUCGAAAUGGAGUCAACCUUUCUAUUAGCUCUGAAUGUCAUGUCAAAAUGACAUCCAGGCUGCAGGAGGGGACCAGUUUUCCCCGUCCUUCCACUGCUGUGCAUUGACCAUCCUGUGCAUAACUGUAGGCAGGUCCUACUGCAUCUGAUAUUGCUGCUGCUGCUGCUGAACACUGUGUAGCCCUUUACAAGGCAUCUCAGUGCCUCCCUUUCCCAGCUGGAAGAGGGGCUCAUCUACCUCUUGACAACUAAGUUUUUUAUUUUAUGUCCUGUGGUGAUCUAGCCAAUGGAAAAAUACUAAGAGAAGACUCAUUACAAUGCUUGGUGUGAUUUGCCAUCAUGUUACUCAUUACCCAUUAAAUCCCUUUCAGAUUCUGAUCUUUUAGAAUAUUAAAUGAAAAGAGCGCUGUUAAUAUGUAAUUCCCAACUACUCCCUUGGGGGAGGGUAAGACUGAUGUUCUAUGAAUUAGAGUUUAAAUUCCUUUCUAACUUCUUACAACUACAUCCUUUUCAAAGGCUCUGGACGGUAACCUCUGGAGGAUAUAGUUAGGGUGUUUUAGAGGGAGUCUGGGUAAGAUAGAAGAAGACAAAUCUAGCCUUCUUUUGUGCAAUUAUCUCUGUAAUAUUGAAGAAUGUUGUAUGGAUUCCUAAUACGAAUUAUUAAAAAAAAUAAGAGAGGUGUUUGUUUUCAUAUUUUAAACUUUGUCAUGCUAGGGUAAAAUCUUAAGUUGAAAGAAUAAUUUAUUACAGAUUUUUGAUGAAGGGAAGAAAUUAAUUAUGUUGCUGGAAGACUGUCUACAAAUAAUCAAAAUAUUUAAAUAGAAUAUAUUUGAUGUGAUAUUAAAAAGCUACUGAAUGUUGUGGAAGAUAAGAAAUGUCUAGUCUAGUAAAAAAUUGGCCUAUUUUUUCUUGUCCUGUGUAUACAAUUUAAUUAAAAAAUUGUAACUGUUUUCUUUCAAGUUUUGACAGAAAGCUAUUAAAAUCUUAUAUAUACACGUCAUCCUGAGGACCUCAAUCUUUUCGCUCUCAUUAUUUUGUCCAGUUUUAAGAUUUUCCGUAUCGUACCUAGCUGCUAUGGCCCAUGUGGAAGGUAAACCAUAAAAUCUAUUCACGCCCAAAGGAGGCAAACCGGUAACAAAUUCCAUCCUGUCACACUUUCUAGCAUUUAUUAAUUUGAUGAGGUCUCUGUUCCAAUGCUGUCACCCUGGUUGUAUUUAGGUUUGAAGAUUGCCAGAGCUUGUGAAUUGCAAGUUCACUUUACCUGUUUCGCUUCAGUUAAUAUUUUUCCUUCAGGGAGCCAAAUGAUAUAGACCUUUAUCAUGAUGUAUGACCCACUAAGACCUGUAAAAUCCCCCAGAGAUGCACAUUUGUAUGUGUGUAUAAAUUGAGCCCAUGUGUUGGAGAAAAAUACUAUGUGGGUAUUCAAGAUAUAGUUCAAAUAGCUUUGUAAAUAUCUCAUCCAUCUUGGGUAUGAGUGGAAUAUUCAUGCAGCAGCGAGGAAUUCUAAGCUAGCCAUAAGACUAUUCUUCUAUUAAUUAAUAAAAACAAAAACAAAACACCUUAAGUAUGAGUCUCCUUACUGAUAGAGUUCCUAUCUUCACUGAAGAGUUUUGUAUAUUGAAAUUCCAGGCCACUGAUGAAUUGUCCAUCUUGCAGUAACUAGCUUCCCACCCAUGCCUAGAAGCACCUCAAGGAAACUCCGUGGGUCACACAUACACAGAAAACAUGGAAAAGGACAAAGGGGUUUGUCGGAAAGAACGGUUCCAGCAGCAGAGGAGGACGGUGACAGAGGGGACAUGAAAAUGACUAAAAUUCAUCAUGUAUGAACUCUCAAUGAACUAAAAUGGGAAAAAAAUGUGAGAAAAUUUAAGUAAGGCCUAAGAUGAAUUAAAAGUAAAUACAUAAUUUAUAUCUAUCCACUUCUAGGACCUAUUCUAGGCAGUAAUAUAAACAUAUUUUCAAAAAGAAGAUCAAAAUGGAAUGAAAGUAAAAAUUAUACAUGUGCUCAAUACACCAAAGGAAGGCAGAGACAU